AGCUCUUGCAAGUGGAACAAGGUUUUCCUGCUACCUGGGUUCAAGCCUGUCAGCUAGUACUUUUUAUUUUUUCAGCCUCACUGACUGGUGGGUAUAAAGGCAAAAUUUCAACUACUCCUCUCGGGUCACUCAUGUGGCGUAAUCAGUAGAAGUGGGGACUACCAGUAUAAAGGUUCCGGUGAUCGAGAGAUCGAUCCCGGGCUGGAAGCUGGUAGGUGGUCCAGAGCACUGGCUGGGAACAGCUCUGGUUCCUCCCCUUACCCACUCUCUGUUUGACAAUACUGAGUGCCCCCGCUUCACUGGGUAUGUUGGCCGCAUGCCUGGUGGAGUGGCUUUUUUUCUUCUUUUUUAUUCAUUCUCGAAGUUGCACCAGUUAAAUGUUAAAGCCCGGAUGAUGUGUACAAUAGAAACAGGUUGAUUAUGUAAUGUAUUGUCAAAUGUCCUUCCUGAUUACUAUGUAGAUGUUUGUCUCCAUCCUACUGUACCAUUGUUGCUAACGGCACCGCGACAUCAUCAUCAUCGUCAACGACCGGGGCAGGGGGAGGAGGAGGAGAGGGGUCGUCAAGACGAUACUGUCCCUGCUGCUACUGUGAACUAUUUGGAAACAAUGGGCCUCCUCCGUUGCCGACCAGUCACAACUUCAUGAAGCAGAGAGACAAGAUGAGGCAUAAACUGGAGGAGAAGAGGAGAGAGAAGGAACUAAACAGACCCUACAAUCCCCAACACAACUGCAGUGAGACUGACUCUCGGCCACUGGAUGAACUCCUAGCCUUUAUUGAGGGAGAUGAGGAGGGAGAGGGGGGCGGAGUUUCGUCCGUCUCCAUGACUACCAACAACACCCCUAAGCCUGGGAAGAAAAAGAAAAAGACGAAAUAAUCCAUCUACCGUCACUCCCGGCAACAACAGAGGCGGAGAGUGGUGGCCACACCCACAAGUCACAUGACGGGUCAUUGGGUGUGUUAGUGUGUGAGGAGAGAGAAGAUGACGACAGGUCGUCUGGCAAGAAAACUGGCCCAGCUAGCCACACCCACCAAGGUAA